UGUUUUACCAGACUCGUACUUAGGCGCAUUAUCAAGUGCGUUUAUUAUUGGACGCGUAUUAAUUAAUCUUUUUACUCUGACGACUUUAUUUUUAUUAAUAUACUUAUAUUUUCAAGACUUGUGUUAUUUCCACUCUUUUUUAAUUAAUCACAACACAAACUUAUUUUUUUCGAUAUUUCCUUUUUUCUCUGCUGGACACAAUGAAUAUUCUUUACUGCAUUAAAAUAUAUACGCGAGUGCUGCUUGCAUUUCUGGCUGCGUUGCGUAUUUAAUGUGAUUCAUUUUUUCAUCUGACAAUAAGACUAUGACAUUGAAAUCUUUCGUAUGGCAUCAACUGUGUUCGAUUAGAGACGACUCUUCCUUUUUCCAUCUGAAUGUGAAUCUGACAUUGUAAUAUACUUAAUCUUGAUGAUUGUCAAGAGUGUUUACGUCGAUUACGAUUAGUGACAAGCAAUACUUUGAUUAAAAACGCAUUUGUCAUGUUUUAAUUUUUAUAUACAAGCAAUCUGUUUGGGAUAUAUUCUAUGAGUGUUUUUUUAUCAAACUGUUAAAAUGGAAGAAGAACAAUCUUUUCAACCAAUCUUGAUCUCUCAAGAAGAGGACACUUUUCAGCAGUUGAAUACUGUGCCAAUUGUAUCGAUACCACUUUUGCUUAGUAUUUCAUUGGAAAUUGUUGGGAUUGUAUUUGUGUCUGUCUGGCCAGAAGAGCAGAACAAGUGUGACACAUAUUUUAUAUACUUAUACUUACAUUGUGCCUAUUGGCUGAUAGUAAUGGUGACAGACCACAUCGUCAAAGCAAGGCAUCACAAGUUGCGUAUAGAUGGAUACUUAGAUUUCUAUCAAACCACAUAUCGACUUAUAAGGACGCCUCUUUUUAUCACAUCAUUGUGGAAUACAUGCUAUUUGCUAUUAGCUGUAAUUCUACAUCAUACGCACAAAGUCGAUUAUGAACGAUACUGUAGGGCAUCAGAGUGGUUCACGCCACUUAAUUAUAUUUUUGUCCUAACUAGUUUGGAACUCUUGAUAAUCGUGCCAUCUUAUAUUAAUUAUAUUAAGAUAGUUAUGAGAUUCAAUCAAUUACGUCCAUCGCCCGACGUUACUCGUGAUGAAUGGCUGUCGUCCUUUACACAGGAUUCUUAUGCAGGAAUGGGAGAAGUCGGUUAUCAUCAAAGGGGAACGAAUUUGGAAGAAUUGUUGGAAAAACAGGCAGAUCUGAUAAGAUAUUUGAGAGAUCACAAUGUAAAGCUAAGUCACAGAAUAAUGCUAUUAACAUCUCAGCAUAGAGCGAUGGAACCAUAAGAUAAAAAAGUUGACAUAUCCCUUCUGAAACAAUAAACAAAAUUUAUAAUUAUUUAUAAUUAUUUAUAAUUAUGAUAUUAUAU